AUGAUCUUGACGGCGGCCUUACUCACCAUCCUGCCGUUGGUAUCGGCCGAUACCAUCGCCAACAUGUUCGAAUGGUCACACGACGAUGUGGCCAAGGAAUGUGUUCGCUUCCUAGCUCCUAAUGGCUACAAAGGAGUCCAGGUGUCGCCAGUGAACGAGUGCGCAGUAAUCAACGGGCGGCCAUGGUGGGAGCGGUACCAACCAUUCUCUUACAAGCUGGUCAGCAGGUCCGGGGACGAAGCUGCUUUUAAAAACAUGGUUGAGACUUGUAACGGUGUCGGGGUCAGAGUUUACGUAGAUGUCGUCUUCAACCACAUGUCUGCUAACCAACCUUCAGGCACAACGGGUACAGCUGGUUCCCAGCCGGACACCAACAACAAACAAUACCCAGAUGUACCCUACGGACCCGGUGACUUUCAUUCAACCUGCAGUAUCAAUGAUUGGGGAAAUCGUUGGCAAAUCCGUUAUUGUGAACUCGUAGGGCUCCACGAUCUCAACCAGGCAAGCGAAUAUGUAAGAGGCAAGAUCGUUGAUUUCUUGAACCAUCUUAUCGAUAUUGGAGUCUCAGGCUUUAGGGUUGAUGCAGCUAAACAUAUGGAACCAGACGACUUGGCUGUGAUUUACGGGCGUACCCACAAUCUAAACACAAGGUGGUUCCCUGAUGGGUCGAGGGCAUAUUUUUUCCAGGAAAUCUACAGCAACCAAGAUAGCGAUGUAAUCAAACCACAGGAAUAUACUAAACUUGGAGGAGCUUUGGACUUUAAAUAUGGUUUCGAACUUGCGAGAGCCUUCACAGGUGGUAACCAGCUGAAAUGGUUUUACAACUUUGGUGAAAAAUGGAACAUGCUACCAUGGAAAGAUUCAGUAGUAUUCAUCGACAACCACGACACCCAACGAAGCGGAGUUUUCGGCAUGAAUGCCCUCACGUACAAACAGAGCAGGCAAUACAAGAUGGCUAACGGAUUUAUGUUGGCUUGGCCUCACGAAAGAGCAGUAGUUAUGUCCAGCUUCAGCUUCGACAACAAGGACCAAUCGCCUCCUGCUUACCCUGUACCUGUCAACCAAGACGGUUCUUGCGGCGGAGGAUGGGUCUGCGAGCACCGAUGGAGGCAGAUAUAUGGCAUGGUGGGCUUCGCCAACGUUGUACAAGGAACGGAAGUAAGUAACUGGUGGACAAAUGGAAAUUACCAAAUUUCUUUCUGUAGAGGCGAUAAGGGUUUCAUUGCAAUUAAUGGAGAGCAGAGCGAUCUAAAUGCUGACCUUCAGACAUGUUUGUCACCUGGUGAUUACUGCGACGUAGUAAGUGGUCUGAAACAGAACGGAGGAUGCACCGGCACGACGAUAACUGUCAGGCAGGGAGGAAUGGCCAGCAUCAAGAUACCGGGUAACGCUGAUGACGGCUUUGUUGCCAUUCACGCACAGUCUAAACUAUAA